AGAGAGACAGUUUUGCAUUUUAAUAGAAUAUUGGUAACGACAUAUAAUAAAAAUGAGUAAAGGUUGUUGGAAAUUCGACGAAGAAGAUAAAGCAUUAUAUAUAGACGUGGAAGAUGAAGAUACAGAAGAGGAGAAAAAAAUAAAAGUAUACAGUCAUUGGGAUCAAAUACCUGAUAUACUGCUAGAGGAAAUUUUUUCUUACUUAACUAUUCGUGAACGGUAUUAUGCAUCUCUAGUGUGUAGGUCAUGGUAUCGUGCUUUUAACUUGCAAAAUGUGUGGUCUACAUUCACAUUGGAAGAUACUACGCUUACUAGAGGAAAAUUUAAUUAUUAUAGUGGAUGGCAAUAUGUUUUGGAUCACUUGAGAACAUCCACAUGUUUAAACAAAGUUGGAAAGAAUUUUCGAUCACUGGUUUUUGAACCUAUGUUAAAUUUUUAUAAUCUUUAUGAAUUCAUGAAUAUGAUAUCUUGGUAUACAGAAAGACAAGGAUCAGAUAAUACAUCUGUGGCAGGAGUUGGCACUUACAUCCGAAGGCUUAAAUUUACAUUUCCUUGUAAUAUGGCAAACAGGGAUGAUCCUGACCGUAUUAGAUUGUUUGGUACUGGUGGAAAGUUAUUAGAAGCAUUGAAAAGGCUAAUGCGUAAUUUGCGUAAUUUAAAGUGUUUAGAAUUAAUAGAUCUCAUGUUGGAUAGUAAAGAAGCAUUACAUUUAAUGGAUGAUAUUUGUACAAAUUGUACUCAGACCCUGUCAAAACUAGUAUUAAUUAAUACUACAAGGUAUUAUUGUCCCCUGUUGCAUGUAGGAGUAUUUAUUAAUUUAAAUGUUUUAGUUAUUAGUCCUCAAAAUCUCCAUGAAGAUAUAAUAGAUUUAAUUGGUUAUACUAAAUUACAACAUCUUCACAUAGUACAAAAUCGAUAUAGUCCAAAGGACACAACUAUGAGAUUGCCUAAACGAUCUUCUUGGGUGAAAAUGAAAAUAAAUAAUCCUUAUCUUAAAGUACAUUUUGAAGUGGAAAGUCAUAAACCCACGGAUAUACUUUUGCCCAUUGAUUUACUAGAACAUGGUGGUAUUCCAUGUCACAGUAUUGUUUUAGAUAAUCCAAAUACCGAGAUUUCUGCUUCUACUAUUCUAACUCAUGGUACAUUUUUUGAAUCGACGAUAAAGAUAUACGCGUUUAAAGGUUUGACAAGAUACUUCUUGCAUAGAAAUUUUGCACAGAGAUUGGACGAAGCACUAGUGCAAUUCUGCAGAAUGUGUCCAAACCUUCAUACACUGAUGAUACGAGAUAAGAUAUCGACGGCUACAAUUUUAGAAAUCGUUUCUACUGCAAAGUCAUUGCGUUGUUUAUACGUUCGACGAAACGUGAUUUUAAAAAGGUGCGACAAAGAUUGGCUAAAAUUAAUGAAUUGGUCACCGGAACAUUACCAGUGGAUCAAAACGAACAGUCGCAGUUACGAAAACACUGAGAAGGAAGUAUCUAAAAUAUUAAACUAUAGAUGGCAUAUGUUAUCUGAAAAGGAAUUUAAAAAGCAAAUGGUUAAACUGCACUUAUAAUUUAAACACAAUCUUUGUCAUAUAUAAAUCUUUUAAUAGCAUAAAUUUUUUAUAUCCGUUAAUGUUUCUAAUAUAUUUUCAUACAAUUAAUCCAAACAAAAAUCAUUCUCAAAAUGCAUACUCUAUACAAGGAACAAUGCCUUUAUGAAAUAUAUACGUAUAAAAAUAUAAUAUAUGUACUUAAUUUACAACUAGCUGUAAUAUGAAACUUGGAAAAAAUUAAUUAUUUAAAGAUACGUGUGCUAAGCUGUGUACAAAGAAAUGUACUAUGUUAAAAAUAUAGUACAAUAAAAUCAUUAGGUACUGCAAGUAUUUCACUUUACUUUAUGGAGAUACCUCUAUGCUGUAACUAAUGUAAUUAUGUACAAUACCAGUAUAUAUAUAUUUUUUAAUGAAGUAUUUUAUUUAAAUAGUUACAUACAGUAUAUAAGACGAUCAAACACAGUAUACAAUUUUACGUAUACUUUAAAUAAAACAUCAUUUACGAAGGUUAAAAUAUUGUAAGGACUCGAUGUUUAAGAACAACAAACUUCAUUCAUGUGUACUAUAAACAAAUUUUUUCUUAUACUUAUAUAUAUAUUAUAUAUCACUUACCGCGAAACAUUUACAAUAUUAAACUUUACAAAAUUGUUAACUGAUAGCAGUUUGAUUUGACAUAAUAAGCAAUGAUAAUCAUUACCAAGCGCGCUUACCGUAUAUACAUACUUCGGUUGCGUAUAUACAAAACGUAAGUGGUAGUAAAUAACAUUGUACAACAAUAAUAGUUUUCGGCUAAA